ACCACAGAAGAAGAAACGACAGUAUUUACGACUUUGUAGAAGCGCCGUUCGUGUCGAAGGCGACGGGGAAGACAUGGGCAAGUCACGGGAUUUGAGUGAGUUUGAGCGGGGUUUGAUAGUGGGACUCCGCAGUGCCGGCUGCAGCAUCUCACAAACCGCGAAGACGCUGGGUUUUUCCAGGACCGCCGUGUCCCGAGUUUACCGGGAUUGGUGCAUGAAGCGGAAGACGUCCAGUCACCGGGGGUCCUGCGGGAGGAAGCGCCUCGUCGACGAGACAGGCGAGAAGCGGAUGGAGAAGGUAGUGGAGUCGAACCUCCAGGCUACGAGCGAGCAGAUUCAGAACCUGUAUAACAACAGCGGGUCAGAGAAGCCCAUCUCUCUCACCACCACUCGACGGACCUUGAAGCGACUGGGCUACUGUCGCAAGACGCAGCAGCGGGAUUCACUCAUCGCGGCCGGGCUGGAGGCGUUAGCGUCGUACGCGACCGGCUCGAAGGGCGCAGUGUGUGCGGACCAGAACGAGCCAGAAACAAAAACUGAAUCUUCCGCAGAUGCUGUGUGUAAGGACAAUAAUGAGCCGAGCCAAAAGACUCAUUCCUCCACUGAGGAGGUCGUGUGCGGGGACGAUAAAGACCCGGACCCAGUGACUCAGGCCUCCACUGAGGUUGUUUGUCAGGAUGAGAAGAACCCGGACUAAAAAGACUGAGAAGUCUUCCACAGACGUCGUGGAUGUAGUCACAAACUGUUUGCCUUCUCGAGAUAUUCAGACCACAAAUCUGCUCACUUGGUGCUUGUGUGUUCAAGUGUGUCACAUUUAGCAGGUUUUAUCGGCAGAAGUUGAAUACACAAUCAAUAAGUACACAUGUGUCAGUGCUUUAAUAUAAUAUAAUGUAGUAGAAAACAAGGCUUUUUAAAUGUAAUCAAGGCAGAAGCCUUGUUUAUGAUAGCCGUCAUUGCACGCCGCCAUGUUGCUACGGCAGCCCGAAUGGACGAAUUAGAUAGAGCGCGCUUCUGUUGGGCUCGUGGUAGGUCUGUGCAAAACUCUACUGAAGGUUGUCUUGGAUUAAGUCCUUGAGUCGAUUUAUAUUUUUCUUUUUUCUUUUUUUUUAAAAUAAAUCUGUUUAAUUUCAGUCUAUUACAAAGAAAAAAAUGACUGCCCCCUCCUUUAAAAACUAUAAUAAUAAAAAAUAUCAACCUGA